GUGUGGUGCUGCAUGUAGUGUGGGCAUGAGAUCUGCACAAAGACUCUAGGUGUUUUCCAGGAGCCUGGCCUUCAUCAGUCACAGACAACAGACAUUUCAGGCUGGAAGAAGCACUGUUUCUGCUGCCAUGACAACCUUGCAAGGAAUAGAACAGACCACCAUAGAGGUGGCCCCUGGAGGUGCUCAGACUUCGGAGAGGUCUAUUGUAAGGUCACAGAAAUGGAAAGAGAAUGCAGAGAAAUUCUUGAAGGGGGAACCCAAAGUCCUCGGGGUUGUACAAGUUAUGAUUGGUCUCAUAAACCUGAGCUUGGGUAUGAUAAUGAAGAAUAAAAUUCAUUCAUUUCUACCUUUAUCAGUGUACACAUGGGCCCCAGUUUGGGGUUCAAUCAUGUUCAUACUCUCAGGAUCCUUGUCGAUUGCAGCAGGAGCGAGAACUACAGAGGACCUGGUCACCAGCAGUCUAAGUUUGAACACCAUUAGCUCUGUGGUGGCUGCAGCAACAAGUGUAAUCAGUGUCAUCAGUGUGGUUAUAAGUGCAAGUAAUUAUCUUGGUGAAAUUUUUGUGGGUAUAGAUGUUUUGAUGCUCAUUUUAAAUACGCUAGAAUUCUGCAUUGCUGUGUCUGUCUCUGCCUUUGGAUGUAAAGCAUCCUGUUGCAACUCCAGUGAGAUUGUGGUAAUUCUACCAUCAAAUCAUUCUGUGUCAGCAGCGGUGCCUCCCAUGCUACUUCAACCAUUGGUACCACCUGUAUACCAAGAAAAAGGUGUUCCAGAAAAUCUAUACAAGAACUCCACUGGAGAAAGAGUGCAGUUCUGAUUGUGUGUGGUGGUGGUGGGGUGGCAGGAAUGGGUAAUCACCUUUGAUUACCAACCAAACAUAGCAAGGAAAGUAUGUCAGCUAGCACAAUUGUGAUGCUUUGUAUUUUUGACCCUAACCUAAUAAAUUUAUAAUUCAGCUAUG